UUUCUUUAAUGUGUAGCAUAUUCAGGUUAAGAGUGAGUGACUGGAGCUAAAUAACUUAAUAGGUCGAAAGUCUGGUACCGGCUGGUAUCAUGCGAUCUGGUCUGAAUAGCCGUUGUGCCGAAAAUAAUUGAGCUUUGCGCUAUAAAAAGCAAGGGCACUGCUAAGGAGUACUGCUCCCAACUCCAGUUUGGAGUUACCAAGUACCAUUUAGAUGUACAGACGAGAGCAUAUCGGAAAUUCUGAUCUCACAGAUCAUUUGGAUACUCUAGCUCUGCGGAAAGACUUUGGUCUUUCGUGUAUUUUAUGUACGGCUACACCAGACCAUUCGUGAAAUGCGGUAAGAAGGGCUACGUGAUGCCGGGCGCGUUCAGGAAACACGCAGAUGCCAUCUACAACAUGAAAGUUAGACCCGAUGAUAUUUGGGUCAUCACUUUCCCGAGAUCAGGUACAACGUGGACGCAAGAAUUAAUUUGGCUGGUGGAAAAUAAUUUGAAUUAUAACGCUGCAAGAGAACGACCCCUUUACGAAAGAUUUCCAAUGCUAGAAACAACCAGCCAGAUACCGGAAAUAGCGUACGAGUUCAUAAAAGCGAAUUUCAUGAAUUUGGGCAGCUUCCAAGGGCUUACGGAAGCGGCCCGGUACCCUAGCUGGAAGAUGAUAGAGGAGAUGCCUUCCCCGAGAUUCAUAAAGACACACCUGCCACUAUCCCUUCUGCCGCCGACCCUGCUGGAGACGGCAAAGGUCGUGUACGUGGCCAGGGAUCCAAGGGAUGUUGUGGUUUCAUAUUAUUAUCUACACAAAAUGGUCAGCAAGCAUUUGAUGAGGGCUACGUUUCACGACUUCUGGGAGGCCUUCAGACGAGAUCUGUUACCUUGGACCCCAAUAGUAGCACACACAAACGAGGCCUGGGUCCAUCGAUACCAUCCGAACAUGCACUUUGUGUUUUAUGAAGAUAUGAUUAAGGAUCUGCCCAAGGAAAUCCGUCGAGUCUGUAAGUUCUUGCAGAGGUACUACACGGACGACCAAGUGAAGGCGCUCUCAGAGCAUCUCAGUUUUGAGAGCUUAAGAAAAAACAAGAAUGUUAACAAUACUACCGGCGAAGAGAAUAAUGGAGUGCAGUUUGUAAGGAAAGGUGAAGCCGGUGGUUGGAAGUCGCAUUUUGACGAAGUGAUGACGUCACAAGCCGAAGACUUCCUCAUAUCGCGACUGAAAGGUCUAGAUCUCGUGUACCCGUCGUUGGAAAACGGGGAGACCACACAUCUAUAGUGUGUUGGUUUUCGUUACAAGAUACUUAAAGAGGCCUCUGAAUAAACCGAAGGUGGUUGAAGACAUUUAUUUUCUGCAUAGAACUAAUGCUAGGUUUUCGGUAUGUAAAUGUCAUCUAAUCUGUUAGAUUCAUUGAGGAUCACCAGCUUACCCUGAUAGACCAUUGACCAGACGCAAUCAGGUACCCAAAUAUGUAUGUAGAUUUAAGAUGAUAAUUUUGUUGUAUUGGUUUUUUUUCUUAUUUAUCUGACAUUCAAAAUGGUAAAUAUUUUAACCAAAAUAAAGGAGAAACCCCAUUUUGGGCCUAAGCGUUACACGAAUGGGAUAUGUACCAAAAAAUUCGUCUAUUUUGCUUGAUUAACCUAUUGAAAUCUUAGCUUCAUUGACAAUGGCCAAGUGUAGAAAAUAAGUUGAAUUAAAUUUUUUGUUUUAAACAAUCUUUGUAAACAUCUGCAACACUUAUUUCAAUAUACGUAACUAGCUCCACAAACGUGCGGAUUAGAAUUAGAACAUCCAUAAAAUAGGAUCGAUUUAGUGGAAAUCAAGUGUAAAAAAUAAUUAAUACUCUUUUGCUUUAGGAUAAAUGACUGUUUUUAUAGGUAUUUUAAUCAAUGUAAAUAGAGUAUGGCCAUCGAAUCGUGACACAACUACUUACAAUGGCGGCAAUUCAAAAUAUCUAGAACUGACAACAUUAAAUAUAGCAUGAAAGGGUAGUUUUGCAUUUUUAUAUUAAUGUGACUAUGCCAUAGAAAAACACAAAUGUAUCAAAUCGUGUUAUGUUAUCUUUAAUGUUGCCAACUGAAGAUAUUUUGGAUUUUGCCGUAAACCAGUAAUGCGUUUCAGUUUGAAGGGCGGGGCAGCCGUUGUAACUAUACUGAGACCUUAGAACUUAUAUCUCAAGGUGGGUGGCGCAUUUACGUCGUAGAUGUCUAUGAGCUCCAGUAACCACUUAACAUCAGGUGGGCUGUGAGCUCGUCGAUGGGUAUCUAAGCAAUAAAAAAUAAAAAUAAAAAAGGCAUGAAAUAAAAUGAAAUGAAAUGUGAUGAGAUAAUAUGGGAGCACGUAAUGAUUUAUAUUUUAUAUAAAAAAGUUAUCAUAUAAAUAUAGUUUUUCAUAUAAAAAAGUUUUCAUUAAAAUUAAAAUAAGACUGACCUAAAGGUCUUAGUUACCAGGUCAUAAAAUCCCUUAAAAAAAUCAUUUCGUGCGCAGCGCGUUUCGCAUUACGUUGUUUUUAAUUUUUGGCUUUCGUUCGUUUUCGUAAACAACCUAACGCGCGAUUUGUCGUAACAGGUUCCAUUUUUAUUUUAAAGCAACCUGUUGCUGCAACAGGUUUCGUAAAAAAUUACUCAUCUUUAGUAGGAAACAGCCUCAAAAAUAUCAUUUUUAUUAAAAUAUCUCGAACAAUAAACAUAACCUAAAAUGUAAACAUUGUCUGAUUUUACCAAUUUGGCCAUUGCUGGGAGACCUGAAAAUUAGGCUCAUGAAACCUUCUUAGGUAUUGUAACUUAUGCCCAAAUUCUAGCACUGUAACGCCAGGCCCAAGUUUGUAUGGAUUUCGGGUUUGUCCUUUACGUGUUAAUAAUUAAUCUAUUCAGAUUACAAACUUAAUGACAGAUAGAACUUAACCUAAUAAAUAAAGUAUAUACAAACAACCUAAUGAAUGAUUAACAAUGUUGAUAUAGGUAGUGAAGUAUGAAAGCUAAUGAAAUAUUAAAUAAAAAACGGAACUCAUAAUAUACUCUUACAUAUGUUAGAACGUAGUCAUUUAACUAAUAAAUUGUCAUCGGUCUUUGAUACGUGUGAAAUUUUUUAAGUUAAUUGUUUUUCUUGAAGUCGCUGAAAAUGACGCUCAAAAAUUUCGUUGCGCACAAACGAGCAUAGUAAAUUAAUAAAUCAAGUUAAAAAUAGAUUUUUUCUCCUACCUACGCCGAAAGUUCGGUUUUCCUCCGACUAUACAGGGAAGAAAGUCUAACUUUUCCUCCCUGGAUACUGACAAGUGCGCAUGCGCGUUAGUGUCUACGUCUGCUCUCACGCACCUAAAACUCUCCGCCAUUGUUGUGCUGGGUAAUUUGCAAUAUUGUGUUUAGUGUAAAUGUGAAAUAAACAAAAGGCAAUAAAAUUUAAUAGUGAAGUAUUAAACAAAGAUGAGUUCAUCAGACAGUUCUUAUUCAAUUAGUAGUCGUUUAUUUAAAAAUAAAAAAACAGUUAAAUUGUUUUUUUUUUAGUACGGGGGGCUCCAACCCCCUACCCUUCGCCCCUUGACCCCGGUUCGGUACUCCACGAAAUUUCGGCCUGGUAGGAGAAAAAAUAGUAUGUGCACCGCGAGAGAAAAGUUGGACAUUUCCUCUCUCCAUUCCUUCUCCCUUGGUGCACAAUGUACUAUUGGAUUAGGAAGUUAUUUUUUAUUUAUUUUUUAUUGCCCUUGUAGGCAGACGAGCACACGGCCCACCUGAUGGUGAUUGGUUACCGUCGCCCAUGGACUUCAGCAAUGCCAGGGGCAGAGCCUUGCCGCUGCCUACCGAGCCUACCGAAGUUAGUUUAUUCAUAAGAUUAAACUUGAGCAGAUCUCUCUAGAUACUUUUUAAAAUAUUAGUUUUAAGGAAGAAUGUGAAGAAGCCCGCAAAGAUUAUAAUUUGCGUAAUUACUGGUGGGUAGGACGUCUUGUGAGUCCGCACGGGUAUGUACCGCCUAUUUCUGCCGUGAAGUAGCGUUUUGAUUUGAAAGAUGGGGCAGUUGUUGUAUUGUAAAAACUAGGUCCUUAGAACUCAUGUCUCACUUAACACCAGGUGGACCGUGAGCUCGGUCACCCAUGUAAGCAAUUAAAAAAAGGAGAUGGUCUCCAAAGACUUGAGUGUUCGAUUUUGAUGAUCAGAAUAAUAUUUGAUAAUAUCUGAGGCCAUGGAUAUUUUAACGCUCCUACUCAUUUCGAAUGGGCCCAGUCUUGUUGGGCACCAAUCAGGACAAGGAAAUAUCCACCUGUGAGUGUUCACACCAGGAAUCGUAGUAUUUCGUUGUAUUCAAACACCGUGUUAUGGUAAUGCCGCUGUCCAUCUUUGAUGCUGGAAUCUACCAUGACUGUUUCGCGGCAGAAAUAGAAUUAAUAAUAGAAUAAAACAUAGAUUAAUUCAUAGUCUUAAGCUAUUUAUAUGUAUUACCUUCGAAUACUUGUUCUUUCACAAGCAAGCCAUCUCUCUCUGCAGUUUCUAAGGUAAGACGAGUGACAGUGACAAAAGUAUUUUAAUCAGUGUUAUUUAAAUCUGCAAUUUUGUUGUCGUAAUAUAACCUCGAUUAUAAUUAUUUAUGUUAAUGUAUAAUUUGUAUGUAUUUGUUUUUAAUAAGUUUUAUUAUUAAGUUGAAUUAAAAGUGUCUUGGGAUUGAAGUUA